CUCCUCGGAUCAUCGCUACUCCAGUCAAGAACUUCUGAAUUCCACCAUGUCUUCCCUGCCAGAAGCCAACGCCAAACUUGGCCUUGACUUUUUCCGGAAGCUAAGUGCAGAGCACCGAAAUGAUAAUCUCUUGAUCUCACCUGUGAAUCUUAGCAGUGCCAUGGGCCUACUUCUUUUGGGGUCUGAAUGUAAUACAGCAGCUGAACUUAAAAAGGUGCUGCACUGGGAUGAACUGGAGGAUCAUAAUAAAUCCGAACAUGAUGAGUACUGGAUGACAGAAUUUAGUGAUUCACCUACAAAGUCACAAGACAAGAUCCCUCUGAAACCCCUUCCUGAACUGCAACAUGGUAAACCUUCUGAUGACAAACAAAAAAGUGAGGAACCACAACAUGCUAAACCUUCUGAUGAUAAACAAAAAAUUGAUGAACCACAACAUGCCAAACCUUGGGAUGAGAGCCAUCAAGCCCAUGAAUCACAACAUGCCAAACCUUUUGAUGAUAGACAUCAUGUCCAAGAACCACAACAUGCCAAACCUUUUGAUGAUAGACAUCACGCCCAAGAACCACAACACACCAAACCUUUUGAUGAUAGACAUCAUACCCAAGAACCACAGCACACCAAACCUAGAGAUGCUAGACAACAAGCCCAAGAACCACAACACAGUAAACUAGAUGAUGAAAGACAUCAAGCUCAAGAACCACAAUACACUAAACCUAGUGAUACUAGACGACAAGCCUCUCAACGACGACACACAAAACCUGGAGAUGAUAGACAUCAGGCCCAAGAACCACAACACACUAAACCAAGUGAAGAUCAACAUCAGGCCCAAGAACCAGAACACACUAAACCUAGCGAUGACAGACAUCAGGCCCAGGAACCACAACGCAUUAAGCCAAGCGAUGAGAGACAUCAGGCCCAAGAACCACAACACACUAAGCCUAGCGAUGACAGACAUCAAGCCCAAGAGCCACAGCAGACUAAACCUAGUGCUGAGAGACAUCAGGCCCAAGAACCACAACACACUAAACCUAGUACUGAGAGACACCAGGCCCAAGAGCCGCAACACACUAAGCCUAGUGAUGAGAGACAUCAGGCCCAAGAACCACAACACACUAAACCUAGAGAUACUAGACGACAGGCCCCUCAGCGACAUACUAAACCUAGAGAUGACAGACACCAGGCCCAAGAACCGCAACACACUAAGCCUAGUGAUGAGAGACAUCAGGCCCAAGAACCGCAACACACUAAGCCUAGUGAUGACAGACAUCAGGCCCAAGAACCGCAACACACUAAGCCUAGCGAUGAUAGACACCAGGCCCAAGAACCACAACACACAAAACCUAGUGAUGACAGACAUCAGGCCCAAGAACCACAGCACACUAAACCUAGAGAUACCAGACGACAAGCCCCACAGCGGCACACUAAACCUAGUGAUGACAGGCAUCAGGCCCAAGAACCACAACACACUAAACCUAGAGAUGACAGUCAUCAGGCCCAAGAACCACAACACACUAAGCCUAGCGAUGAUAGACAUCAGGCCCAAGAACCACAGCACACUAAACCUAGAGAUGGCAGACAACAGGCCCAAGAACCACAGCACACUAAACCUAGAGAUAGCAGACAUCAGGCCCAGGAACCACAACGCACUAAGCCUAGUGAUGAUAGACAUCAGGCCCAAGAACCACAACACACUAAACCUGGAGAUGACAGACAUCAGGCCCAGGAACCACAACGCACUAAGCCUAGCGAUGAUAGACAUCAGGCCCAAGAACCACAACGCACUAAACCUGGUGAUGAUAGACAUCAGGCCCAAGAACCACAACGCACUAAACCUGGUGAUGAUAGACAUCAGGCCCAAGAACCACAACGCACUAAGCCUAGUGAUGAUAGACAUCAGGCCCAAGAACCACAGCACACUAAACCUAGAGAUGGCAGACAUCAGGCCCAAGAACCACAACACACUAAACCUGGAGAUGACAGACAUCAGGCCCAGGAACCACAACGCACUAAGCCUAGCGAUGAUAGACAUCAGGCCCAGGAACCACAACGCACUAAACCUGGUGAUGAUAAGCAACCGUCCUCCCAACAUCCAUGUUCCUGCUCUAAGCCCGAGGCGCCUGAAAAAGAGAAACCAGCUACUCCUGAAAAGUCUGUUUCAGAUGAUGAGUGUGAGACUCCUGAAGGCCUCCAUACCGCAUUCAGCAAAAUAAUUACACGACUUAACAGACCUAGCACCAAUUACAUUCUGAGCUUUGCCAACAAGCUCUAUGGAGACUAUGCCAUUGCUUUCCUUCAGAAAUUCCUUUACUGUGCUCUGAAGCUGUACUGGACGGAAGUGGAAGGAGUUGAUUUUCAUAGCGCCCCCGAGGAAGUCAGGAGACUGAUAAAUCUGUGGAUUGAAAUAGAGUCACAUGGCAAAAUCAAGGAUGUUCUGCCCAAGGGCAGUGUGGAUUGUCUGACUGAGCUGCUUUUGGUGAACAGCCUGUACUUUAAAGGACUGUGGGAUGUUGAAUUUAAGAAAGAGCUCACAGAGGAAGCCCCAUUUUUCACAGACGCGAAAGCCUUUCAUACUGUGCAGCUGAUGCACACUAAGGGGACCUUCAACACAGGGACGGUUUAUCUGAACGACGUUGAGGUGCAAGUCCUUGAGAUACCUUACAAAAACCACGAGUUGAGCAUGUUCGUAUUGCUACCGACAGAUGAAAGUUCUGAAGCCCUACUACAGCUGGAAGAUGCACUUACCCACGAGGAUUUGCUCGACUGGUCCUACGAUCUGAAGCCUGAGGAUGUGGAGGUGGCCAUUCCCAAGUUCAGCAUAGAGAAAACGGCUGAAGCUGACAAGUACUUUGAUCUGUCAUUCAUAAAUGAUUCUGAAAAGGCUGAUUUCUCUGGAGCAACAACCACUCACGGGGUGGCUCUGUCUCAGCUUGUCCACGAUACAUUCUUUGAGGUCGACGAAGAGGGGGAUGCGGCACCUGUAACUAAGGAGGCGCAGGCCUCUCGGCGUCAACGUCGUGCACAGGUGCUCUUCAUAGCCGACCAUCCCUUCCUUUUCUAUGUUAGGCACAACUGCACCAAAAGCAUUCUCAUCUUUGGUAGAUUCUGUAAACCAGAGUAAAAGAAUUAUUCUGACCCACGGAACUCGCAAUCAGCACAAAACGACUAUGGAAAACGAUUUUAGAAAAGUUCAUUCUUUUGCAUUUUUCUACGUAGCUUCAUUCUCUCUGAUUCUGAUAACGCUGUUGAUGGGGGCAAAGAAAACUUGUAUUUGGUGAUGGGUCUAACUUGCAUUCCAAAGGGGUUUUAUGCUUCUGCCUUCUCACACCAUUUUGCCUCGUGCCAGCUUGUUUAAAGAACAACCCUGAGCUCUGGAUAUUGUCCCAACUCUCACACGAGAAUCUAGUUCUUCUCAUUACACAGAAAUGGCCAUAUUUUGAAAGGAAAAUUGCCUCUGCCUCUUUAAGAUCUGUGAAGAGAGUAACAUUUUAAGUAGUGUGGAAACCACUUCAAAACAGUGACAAUUCGUCCUGUUAAAGGUUUUUAAAGAGGCUCGUUCUUGUUCUCUUUAGAGAUACGGUCAUCCAGAAGAAAAAUACAGUGAUAAAUAUGAUCUUGAUUAACCUCUAUUGCAAGCAUUAUUUACAUGAUUACUUGGGAUAUACCCAGGACUUGAUUCUCAUUGACAGAGAUUUUUUUCUUUCCCCUUCUCUGGCAUGGGACUAUUUUCAGUUUAGUGGGACAAUCAUAAUGCUUGCUUCAGACAUAUUUACGCCUAACAUGAAAGGCAAACAUGAAGGUCAUCUUCUCUGGACCAGAGCUCAGUUUUGAAAAUUGCACACAGAGAUGGAAUCUAGAGGCAGAACCUCCUCUGGAAUCUUCUCUUCAUAUUGCUUCAUAAUAAGGCCUGCCCGAAUGAUCCAUUUGUAUGGAUUCUGCUCUAUUGUGUUGCUUAAAGUUAGCAUUGAAGGGCUGCCCUUUUUAAAAAAGCAAAUGUAGACAGCAAAAUCUUUUCUGAGUAACUUUUCUCUGAAACCUAUUAAAUUAAUUUCUUUCUGACUUGCGCUGUAACUGCACAAGAUGGCAAUAAA